UUUGCGCGAAAUAAUAUUGUCAAGCUGCACAAUUCACUGAGCUGUCAUAGACCGCGUGUAGACGAAAGGGAUUUUCUUCGGCGAUAUUAACUCUCUACACAUAAAGAUCUGUAUUUCUGAAGAUACCUUCAUUGAGAAAUCUACUUAAUACUGCUUGCUGCAGCUGUUGAGAUACCAAGAAGUAUUAACAGACGUCCUUGGAGUCCUCUUUAUGGGGAACAACUCCAGUAAGAGGCGGUCCCACAAUAAACCCAGCAGCUCUGAACAGUCACUUAGCGGUGGAAGGAAGCGUUCACUCAAGCCAGAUCUGGCUACUCAAGAAGCAGAGAAGUUUGUUGGAGAGGAAGACAACAAGCCCCCUCAUCGUGUCAAUGAGGAGACGAAAGAAAGACUGCUGAAUCCACCAGGCUCCAAGGGCCUGUCUGAUGCUUACAUGCAGAAAUCAGCUGAUGGUAAAGGAAGCAGGGGGUCAGGUUAUGAAAUGAAAGCCGAACACCGAGAAGAAGAGGCUAGCUACGUUGAAAUAUCCCAGGUGGAGUUAUCUGGAGAGAGAGACGAACCAAGGCCAGAGCGAGACAGAUUCCGAGGCAGCUACAGACGUAGUGGCAAGUUUAAAAAAAUCAUGUCCUCCCUAUCUCCGCAAGAAGCGACUGCCGCGUCAGCGAAUGAAGGCAAGAUGGAGAGUACUAUUCUUCUGGCUAAUGACGUCAUCCGAAGAAUGCAGGAGGAGGAUGCUGAAAGGGUUGUAGAAGCCACACAACAGCUGUAUCGUAUGGUGGAUGAUGCCUGGAGCACGCCCAAGUAUGGCCGGGACCUGGCCUGUAGUAUUAGUGACAAUCUACGCACUGAAGGAGGAUUGGACAUUCUAUUGAAGAACUGCAAGUCAGAUGACAAGGCAUUGCAGGUCAAUUCUGCAAGGCUCCUGGAACAGGUCAUGACGGCUGAUAAUCGGGACUAUGUAGUGAAGCAUGGGCUAGAUUCCGUUGUAAAGCUGGCUUGUUCCCGCAAGGAGCCAACCUUACUUCAAAUCGGGAUGGGUCUGUUGGAGAAUCUGUUCAAGCAUUCUGAAGAGACCUGCGCAAAGGUGAUUGAUUGGGGUGGAUUGACGGCUGUCGUUUACACCUGCCGCAUGAGCGAUAAUAUCACUCUGCGACACUGUGCGGCUGCCCUGGCAAACUGUGCUAUGUACGGGGGACCAGCUAACCAGCAGAAGAUGGUUGAUCAGCGUGCCUCCGAGUGGCUGUUUCCGUUGGCUAAUAGCAGCGAUCACAGCAUCCGCUACUACGCCUGUCUAGCCGUGGCGGUUCUGUCAGCUAAUCAGGAUGUGGAGAAGUGUGUUGUGAACUCGGGCACGCUUGAUCUUGUAGAGCCCUUUGUAACAACCCAUGACCCCCUGACCUUUGGUAAAAGUGACAAGGCGCACUCCCAGGGGCGUUCUGAGCAGUGGUUACAGCGCUUGAUGCCGCUGCUGGAUAGCACAAGGAGAGAGGCGCAAUGUCUUGCCGCGUUUCAUUUUGCUAUGGAGGCCGCCAUCAAGAAGGAGCAAGGCAGGACCAAGAUUUUUCACGAGAUUAUGGUCAUUCCUGCCCUGCGUCGCGUAGCCUCUUCCAACAACGAGAUAGCAUCCAAGUUGUGCAUUCAAGCCCUACGUACCAUCGGCGAAGACAUCCCUGCCAAGCUCUCCUUCAACAUCUCUUGCUGGACGGUCAAGGAGGUCCAAAUGUGGGUCAAGAACAUUGGCUUUGCACAGUUCUGCCCGGCAUUUGAACGCCACAGGGUGGAUGGGGACCUGUUGUUGACCAUAACGGAAGAAGAACUCAUCCGAGAUAUUGAGAUGGAGAGUAGUCUGCUGAAGCGAAGGUUCGUACGUGAGCUAGCUCGUCUAAAGUCCAAUUCCAACAGCGGCGAUCGGGAGCUUGGCGAGUGGCUGAAACGCCUGGGGCCAGAGUAUCCUCAGUACACCCAUAACCUGGUGCAUUGUGGGAUUGAUUUCAGCCUCUUGCCAUUUAUCACCGAUGACCAUCUGAAGACUGAUGCAGGCAUUACCAACGGAGUCCACCGUAUGAAGAUACUCUGGGCAAUUAGACCACAAGGGCUGAAACUGUUGAAGCAAAGCCUGAAACCAAGUACUCCUGAUGCUAACAUCCAAACCGGUACCUUCCCUUGGCUGAAGGAACUACCACGGAAAUCACUAGAUACUGGUGUGGACAAAUUCCCUAAAGUGUUUGACAGCCCGACUCACACACCUGUUCCCAUCCCUGCCAUUGUUGCUGACCAGCCUGACAAUCGUAACAAUCCCAAGUUCCUGGAUGUUUUCAUCAGCUACAGGAGGGCUACUGGAUCCCUCCUAGCAAGUUUGCUGAAGGUUCACCUUCAGUUGAGAGGGUUCAGUGUUUUCAUUGAUGUUGAGAAGCUUGAAGCCGGUAAAUUUGACAACAAUCUGCUGAAGAGUGUACGGCAUGCCCGCAACUUUGUCUUGGUUCUGUCAUCAGGAUGUCUAGACCGUUGCUUUGAAGACAAUGAGCGAAAGGACUGGGUGCAUAGGGAAAUAGUUGCGGCGAUAGAUAGUAAGUGUAACAUUGUACCCGUCCUGGAUAACUUCAGAUGGCCUAAACCUGAGCAACUCCCGGAAGAUAUGAGGAACAUUAUCUUCUUCAAUGGCAUCAAGUGGAUUCAUGACUACCAGGAUGCCUGCAUUGACAAGCUGGAACGAUUCCUUCUGGGUGAGGAAAACUUAGGCCAUCUAGACCUGGACCGCCUGGCUAAGGAAGGACACAGCAUGCAGGGGUCUAGGAAGAUCAGUCGCGACACCAAAGACAGCACCGGCAGCAGUGUAUCUUAAGAAUCCAAAGAAGGGGACUGUACACUCCCCCGCAGUAUAGCAAUCCCAGGAUUUGUCUGGGUGUGGGCAUUUCUGCGAUGAUCAGAUUAUCCAAGCUGUUAUUCCGCCUUAGAGAGCUUAAUGAGCUCCUUCAGUGAUUGUAUAUUGAAAUAUUAUGCUGUUUAUCAGGCAUGCUAGAUUUCAAACCAACCUGAUGAGGAUAUCCUGAUAUGUGGUGAACAAUUCAAAGGUGUAUUAUGUGGUAAUAAGUAGUGUACGUGUUCUACAUAACCCCCGAGGACCGACACACAGUUGGGUCUUUUGUUGGAAACGGUCCUCUGUAGUAAGUUUGUGUGAUUUGUCCAUGGGAGAGUGUGGGAAACACAAAGCAUUGCCCUCUUGAGUAUAGUAAAACAAGAGUGUGUGUACAUGUAUUGCUUUGUGAUAAAUGACAGACACACAAAGGGAGAACAAAAGAUCCUCUCAGUCCUCGAGCAUUGGGUCUUUUGUUGAAAACGGUCCUCGAUCAUACGGUUAUGUGCUUAGUCUAUAGAAAUGUCUCAUAUUACAGGGACACGGGGAAACACAAAGCAUUGUCCUUUGGUGUAUAGAAAUUCACGACUGUGUGUUGCUGUUUGCACUUUGCAAAAAUUCAAAUUUUACCUGUUUAUUUGUACAAGUCUGCUAUCUUUUGAUCUUGCCUCUGAAAUCCAUUCUUUAUCUCCAUUUAUUCUUUGUGUAAAGACUUGUGCUGAAGAGAAGCUUUAGCAUAGCGAAAAGUUGACUGCUUGUACCUUUGUUCAUUUGGGGUUGUUACCCCAAAAAACCUCCAAGUCCGUCCCAAGUUAAAACAAAGCAAAAACAGUUAAAUCUAUCUCCUAUAAUAGAAUACAAGUUCUUCUUCCUAAUUCAUUCAUUUUCAUGAUGACUUGAUGAGUUGGGCCCAACUGUCCCUGUCGAGCAUAGUGUUGGUAAGAGAUGGACCACGCAGACCAGUUUCUAGCUCGAUGGAUGUUUUCAGGGUCAUGUUGGGACGAAUUUUUCGUCGAGGGGCAUCAGGAUUCAAGAGGACAACUUGACUAGCUGGCUCAUUAUGUUGAUAAACGUGACCGGCUAGCCGAAGGUGACACUGUCUGAUGGUGGUGGAGAUAGGGGGAAGGGCACCAUAUAGAACAGAGUUAGGGAGAUGUUGUUCAAGUUAGCAAAGCUUUUCUACUUACAGCACAGAAUAGUCUUGAGGUUGGUUGGUUGGUUCACAUUACACUAACCAAAGGGUAAUUUAAUUUUGGGAGAGAUUUUCUGGUUAUUUGUUCACCUACCGGUAUUUUCCUUGUACAUGUACAUUGUACAUUAACAUUUUAACAUGUAUGCUGUUUUAAGACUUACAUGUACAGAAGUGCCACAUUAAGUGGGCCAUCGACUUGCAAAAAGUCAUAUUGUACUACAUGGACUUGUAUACAUAAGAUACCUGAGUGUAGUAUUUUGUUGUUCAUUUAGCAGUAAUAUCGGGCACUUAGUCAAAUGAAAAGAAAAAUUACAUGUAUUCACUGCUGUACUUUUCAACUACGUUUAAAAAAAUAUAUAUUGAAGACACUACAUGUACUUGUAUUUGUUCAAAAACCUUAUUUUGCUGUCCACUCCGAUACGUCCAAAACAGUGCAUGGCAUAUGUUAUAAGAUGUGAAUGCCAAAAACACACUGAAUAUUUUAACAUGCUAAAAGCUUUCCUGGCAUACUUUGCGUUUAUUUUAAUACAUUCCAGUUUACUAAAAGAAGUACUUUCUUUGUUCAAAUAAUAGACAAAUAAUCACGAUCAGGUGAUAACAGCUGACAUAGAAAAGACAAUCAUUGCAGUUUAAUUUUCUUAAUUUUAUGUUUUGACAAUGGAAGAUUGUGUGUGCAAAUUCAUUAACUGAUAUAUUCCUUUUAUUGCUUUUUCACACUGAAAUAUUUUUAAGUCAUACAUGUAAUCAAAGAUAACAUAUUUGUGUAAAAAAGUGCAAUUAUUUAACCGUAGAUGUACAGUAUAGUUUCGCAAAAGUGUAGGUUACAAUAAUUCGUGAUCAUGAGUCCUCAUUCUCCAACAAGAACAUAAUUUCGUAGAGAUGAUAUUAACCAUAAAAGGACCAUCUCUCAGCUGCGCCGGUGGACAAAAAAUUAUGAAACUCGGUACAUGCAUAGAACAAGUUAUCAUGAACAUACCCAAGACAUUUCAUGUCUAUAGGUCAAAGGUUUUGGAAUUAUGGCUAAUUAAUUAUUCAUAUGCACGAAUGGUAACUCUACUUCGUGUACACUACGUUUAUUGGGGAAAUUCAGUUUUCGUGGCGUGUAGCACCGGAAAAGUUUGCUGCGCGGCAACCCGUUUUCCGAAUUGUAUGUUUCUGGUAUCAAAAGAUGGGCAGACUCGAGGCUAAAAAGUCGGAACAGCUGGGGUUCUGAAAAAUUUUCAAGGCAAUCGUGGAAAAAGUAUAGGGGUAGCCCUUUUAGGGUUAAUGCUGAUGCGCUAAAAAAAAGACCCAUGCAUCAAUAUUUGAUUUGAGCCAGAUCUUGCCUGCUCCUGUUGGGGAUAUUUUGAGAUAUUUGUACCCAUAUAUUGUUAACCUAGAUUUUGUCAACUUUAAACUGAUGGUAAAAGUUUCUAAAAGUUUUACCCGAUAUAAAUGGACCAAGUUUAUUAAAAUAUUUGCAAUUGAUUUUUACUGCUGCUUUGAAUUAUCUUUUCCAGGAACAAAUUUUGUAUUUUAUGUUGAAUUCAUUUCAUUAAUCUAUUAUUAAGUAUUUCUUUUCCAUAUUAAUUAUAGACUCGAGUCAUUAUGAUGGUGACUUUGCAUAGGCCCCAGCAGCAUUGAAUAGCUGUAACAUGUAUCAAAUGCUGUGUUAAAUUGCAAUCUCAGUUGAAACAAAAAUAAACCCUCCCAGAAUUCAUAUUUAAAAUGUGGAGAGAUUCCAUAACGUGAGAAACGCCAUUUUGUUAAGAAUUCCACCAUUUCCUGGCUGCUCUAAGUCAGUUUAGACAGGAUUUAGAUAGUUGAGCUCAAUUUCAGAAGAAAACAAAGCGAAAAAUGAAUUUCAGAAACAGUUAUUAUACUAUUGUUAUUGUUUAGCCCCUAACAGUCCCAAAUCCUCCAAUUUUAAUACGAUUUUGCAUACCCCCUAGGGAGUUAGGGUUGCAUGGUUUCAAAAUCAUGGGAAUGUUUUGAAAUUAUUUUUUCCAAAUGGCUAUACCGUCUUUUGGAAAUAAAGUAUUCAUGUGCAGUUUUGCAAAAUUCACAACUAUUCAUUUUUAUUGGUGCAUAUACGUAAGUUUGAACGAUGUGGUUUUGUGUUUUAGAUAGCCAGCAAUGUAAUAUCAAGAACUAGUUUUGUGC